AUGUAUGUUAUUCGCGUUACUUUUGGCGAGACCAACCCCACCUCCCAGAUCCGACCUGAUGCAUCAGAGACCAGCCCCACAUCCCAGAUCCGACCUGAUACACCAGGAACCAGCCCCACAUCUCAGAUCCGACCUGAUGCAUCAGAGACCAGCCCCACAUCCCAUAUCCGACCAGAUGCAUCAGAGACCAGCCCGACAUCCCAUAUCCGACCAGAUGCAUCAGGGACCAGCCCCACCUCCCAUAUCCGACCUGAUACACCAGGAACCAGCCCCACAUCCCAUAUCCGACCAGAUGCAUCAGAGACCAGCCCGACCUCCCAGAUCCGACCUGAUACACCAGGAACCAGCCCCACAUCCCAUAUCCGACCAGAUGCAUCAGAGACCAGCCCGACAUCCCAUAUCCGACCAGAUGCAUCAGGGACCAGUCCCACCUCCCAUAUCCGACCUGAUACACCAGGAACCAGCCCCACAUCCCAUAUCCGACCAGAUGCAUCAGAGACCAGCCCCACAUCCCAUAUCCGACCAGAUGCAUCAGGGACCAGCCCCACCUCCAAGAUCCGACCAGAUGCAUCAGAGACCAGCCCCACCUCCCAUAUCCGACCAGAUGCAUCAGAGACCAGCCUAAUCUCCAAGAUCCGACCAGAUGCAUCAGAGACCAGCCCGACCUCCAAGAGCCGACCUGAUACAUUAGAGACCAGCCCCACCUCCCAUAUCCGACCAGAUGCAUCAGAGACCAGCCUAAUCUCCAAGAUCCGACCAGAUGCAUCAGAGACCAGCCCGACCUCCAAGAGCCGACCUGAUACAUCAGAGACCAGCCCGACCCUCCAAGAUCCGACCUGA